CGUGCAUUCGUAGCAUUUUCGUGACGCCAUUUUAUAAUUGUUCUUUGGAGUGCGAAGUGUGAAUUAGUUUUUAUUAAAACGUAAUUUUUCUAAAAAUUGUUCAGAAAGUAAAACAUCUGAAGGAAAUAUACUAUGAGUGGAGGUGGAAAUAAUUCUGCUCGACCGCCACCAAGAAUUGACGGCAUGAUUUCCCUAAAGGUUGAUAAUUUGACAUAUCGUACUACUCCUGAAGAUUUAAGACGUGUCUUCGAACGUUGUGGCGAGGUUGGUGACAUCUAUAUACCUCGCGAUAGAUAUACUCGAGAAAGUCGAGGUUUUGCCUUUGUUAGAUUUUAUGAUAAACGGGAUGCUGAGGACGCAUUAGAGGCUAUGGAUGGCCGCAUGCUCGAUGGCAGGGAGUUGCGUGUUCAGAUGGCCCGUUACGGUCGUCCAACUUCGCCGACACGUCGCACCAAUAACCGACGUGGAGGUGGAGGGGGCAGACGGCGUUCUCGUUCGCCUGUACGUAGACGGUCUCGUAGUCCUCGCCGUCGGUCGUAUUCACCUAGAUCUAGAUCACGUUCGGCCGGGAGCCGUUCCCCUGUUCGACGUGGGAAGUUUUCACGGAGUCCAGUUGGGCGAAAAUCUUUGAGCCGUAGCCAAAGUCGGAACGGAGUAGCAGCUGGACGCAGUGUGUCACGCAGUCGAAGUCGGUCUUAAAGAUUGUGACUUGACGCAAUAAAUAAAAUGGUUGAUUUAAUAAAUCAGAAUUGCCUAAAUAAUAGUGCACAGUACGCAUAGAAAUAUCCGCGUAUAGUUGAUUAGCAGCGAUUUCGUUUUAAAGCACGUGAUUUGGGCAUAGUUCUGCUAAUUCAACAGGUAUAACUUUUUAAUAUAUCAAUUGUAGCACUUCAAAUACAAAAACAUUUAAAAAGGAGAAAUCAAAGAUAAAAAUAACAGGAAACUCAAACUUGCCCUUUGUCUAUCUUUCCAUUUAUAAUUACCCUAAUUUCAGAGUGUAUUCUCGUUUACGCAUAACAUCAUUUCAUACAUUUCUAACUGAUGUUAAAUAAUCACAUUAUUAUACCCAUUUCCACUUGAAGUGUACUACAAUACAUAUUAACGUAUUACUACCCGGAAUAUACAAAAUAUGUUAAUAGAUCGGUAGAUUUUAAUGCUUUUAAUUUAUGAUAAAUAUGACCUUAAAUUAAAUAAUAUUUGGAAAAGCAUUCUAAUUUAAUUUGUUUUCCAUUUAUUGGAAAUCAGUUCUGUGAAAUUAGGCUAUCAAUAACCAAUAAUUUGAUUGAUGAGAUGAAAAUAAUAGUUUUAAAAUUCUCCAAAAUUAUUUGUAUUCGUAUAUUUAAAUCUGAAAAGUAAUAUGAACGUAUUGUAAGUUUUAUAAAAAAGAAUAAAUGUAUUCCAAGUAAUUUUA